AUGGUGAAUGACCUGACUCCGGAGCUGGGCAGGAGGAGGCGAGCGGCUUGGGAAGCGUAUGCGAGCAUCGAGGAUGUACUGAAGAAGACCAAGCACACCCGGCUCCGUGUUCACUUCUUCAACACCACCGUACUUCCUGCUUUGACCUAUGCUUCGGAAACGUGGACAUUUCGCAAGCAUCAAGAAAACGCUGUGAGCGUCAUUGAAUGCGCAAUUGAGAGAGUGAUGCUAGGAGUAUACCGCUUCACGCAAGUGAGGGACGGGGUUCGAAGUUCUCUCCUUCUUCAGCGAUCGAAGAUUAGAGACGCCGCGUUUGCCAAGGAAAGUAAAAUAAGGUGGCCGGACAUCUGA